GCAGCGAGGGGCGCUACCUUCGCGUCGCAGUGUGGCAAAUCGCGGGGCGGAUGCCCUCUCCAAAAGCCUCAUAUGCGAGCACCAUUUCAAAUCCAAGAUAUCAGCGCUCAUUGGAUGGUCGAUCGUCUCCAUCCGUCGACCUCUUGGAGUGUGGCUAUACUGAAUGAAUUGCCAUGAUCGGACAUCGCGGGCUCCCUGUCAUCCGCUUGAUGUCAGACAUUCUCUUCAUCAAUACCAUGGAAAUCAUCAAGGUCAUCACAAGUGUCCUCGACAUCAUCACAAGCCAUAUGCAGUUCCUCAAUGUUCAGAUCUGCGGCUGUUUGCAGCUCAUCCUGUGCUUCUUCUCCCUGGCAAAGUCGUCGUGUGCGCAACGCGCGUCCAACCGCGCGAGACCGGCCGCAAAGGCUCAUCACCAACGUAUACUUGCUCGAUGAUAUCAUCAUCUAUUUCAUAUAGGUCCAUCGUUUCACCAUCAUGGUUGCUACACAGCUUUGCUGAAGCGGUGUCUACCUACUAGUCCUCGUCAGCAGCCAGAAAAAGUGCAUCCGCUUGCACAGCGAGCGACAGCGAGGUCUUUUGGUCAGGUAGCAAUCAAGAUGCUUGAAUCGAGACGUUCAAAGCUUUCAAGGUUUCCAGACUGCGAUCUUGCCCGUG